GUGGGAGACAGUGAGUGAGUGAGUGAGUGAGAGUGAGUGAGAAUGAGUGGGAGGGAGGGCGGCAGUCAGAAACAAGCAAACUAAUUCUCACCGAAGAAGAGACAGUCGUGCCAGAGCAGGGGCUGCGCGUACUUCACCUCUCUGACGCUCUUUGUACAUCAACUAAUAAACGUUUAUUAGCGUUUUAUUUCCAGAUACCAAGUAGGACCAAGAGUUUCCAUUUUGGAUAGGAGGGGGCUGCCAACACACGCACCCACACUUCUCCAGAGCCGCGACAACUCAAGACAGAGACUCAAAGACGGGAGAACAAACGCACCAACCGACCUCACUGGCAGAGAUGAAGACACACACAUUGAUUUGCACAGAAGAAACACGCAAAUGAUGAUCAAGGUGAAUGACGUCAUGCCAUUUGGGUGCCUUGCCCUGCGAGAUGGGCGGACUUACGAUAGCAUAUGUGAUGUCACGGACAAAUAUGAGAUUGGACAGGUCCUCCGAGCGAAGGAGUUCUGCGAGCUGUGCCUGGCAAAGGACAGACAGACGGACAAGGUGUUUGUCUGCAAGAAAUUCCUCAAGAAAGACGGCAGGAAAGUCCGCAAGGCUGCCAAGAACGAAAUCAUGAUCCUGAAAUUGGUCAACCACCCAAACAUCCUUCAGCUGAUAGACACAUUCGAGACCCGGAAAGAAUACUUCAUCAUCCAGGAACUUGCCACAGGAGGAGACGUAUUUGACUGGAUUCUGGACCAAGGGAAUUACACUGAGAGAGACGCUUCCAAUGUCAUCAGACAAGUCCUCGAGGCUGUGGCAUACUUACACUCCCUCAACAUAGUUCACAGGAACCUGAAGCUGGAAAACCUGAUGUACUACACAGAAAACAACCACAACAAAGUAGUUCUGCGAGAUUUCUACCUGUCCAGGUUUGAGAACGGACCCAUCACAGAGCCUUGUGGAACACCAGAGUACCUGGCCCCUGAAGUGGUGGCUCGUCACCGAUAUGGUCGUCCUGUGGACUGCUGGGCUGUGGGUGUUAUUAUGUACAUACUCUUAUCAGGUAACCCUCCUUUUUAUGAUGAGACAGAGGAGGAGAACACGGAUCUACAUAAUCGCAUCAUCUUCUGUCGUAUUGUGGCUGGGGACUUUGAGUUUGAUUCUCCCUACUGGGAUGACAUUUCACCUGCAGCUAAGGAGCUUGUCUGCCGACUUAUGGAGGUGGACCAGAUGCUGAGAAUCACAGCGCAAGAUGCGCUUUGGCAUGAAUGGAUUGCGGGGAAUGGGGCCUCAGAGAAGAACCUAAAGGAUGGUGUGUGUGCCCAGUUUGAGAAGAACUUUGCGAAGGCCAAGUGGCGGAAAGCGAUCCGUGUCACCACCUUCAUGCAACGACUGAAGAAUUCAGAGGCAUUAAUUGACAGUUCAGCUGAAGCUCAGGGCGGUGAAGGGGCAGGAGAUGGUGAAGGCGGUGUGUCUCAGGGUACAAGUGAUGAGGGAGACAAAGGGACGAGUGAUGGAGGGGUGACGUCAAGUAGUGUGUCUUUAGAGGUUACUGUUGAAAAUACGCCAGAAGGUAUUGACCAGGAUGAGGGGAGGAGUAAGGUAGGAGAAAAACAGGAGGAGAUAAAGAUGAAUAUAGGCCCAUCUGUAGGAACUUCCCCAUCAGAUGUUCAGGAGCCUCUAUGCCAAUCAAAUGCAGCCCCUAAACUCACACAGGAACAGCCUGAUAAGGUUGGUGUAAAGAAAGCUGCAGGUGAUGGAACAAGGAAAAUUGCUGCCAGUUUGGGUCAAAAUAAAGUUGUUCCAGAAUCCAAACCAACCCCUGUGGUGACGUCUGACCCUUCCAAGCUUUCAGACACUUCUUCAGGCACUAAUCUUGACAAAAACCACACAUCCACCUCCCCUGACCCUAGCAGCAAACGUAAAAUGGCUGCAACGCUCCAUGGCCCUCCACCCACCGCUUCUGCUGAUGCGACAGCCUCACCAGAGAAGAGACCGGCCACACAGAAGCAGCAAAAGGAUGAGACUGAUGGAAGCUGGUGUCAGACACAAUUACCUGAGGCAGUGGCAGAGAGGUCAGUGGCAGCACCAGUGACUCCAGCAAUAGGGCCUGGAACUGGGGUGGAUGUAGGACUAGGAGUUAGGUUAAGGGGUGAUGCUAGCCCUGCGGGGGGUAGGGAUAGGGAUGCUAGGAGAACUGACAGAUACAGUGCUGAGUUUAGCAUAGCCAGGGCAGGCCCUGUGACAGGACAGGGCUGUUAUACAGUAGGCAGUUCUGCUAGUUUGGGUCGUCAUGCCACACCAUACAACCCAGAAGUUGGGACUGUAGGGAUGGGGAUGGCCGGGAGCUAUGGGAGUCCAUACAGCUCCCUGUAUACGGGUGCAGGAGGGACAGGGUUGUAUGGGACUGGGCUACAGCAUCGAGGAGGUGGGAGCAGCACUACAAGUGACUGGCAAAUGGACAGUGUGAUAGAGCAGAUAGAAAAGCAAAUGGCUGCCGUAUUGGAGAAGAUUGAGGGAGACAUGCCCUCACUGCUAGAGCAGAUCAGUGACUGUCCCGCUGAACAACCGCGUGCCCGGAGCACACAUGCCUCGCCUGCCGCCUCCCGUGCACGCUCCUCACAACACUCCACAACUGCGACCUCGGCCACUCCUCCACCUCUUCCCACCUCUCCUAGACCUGCACUGCCGUCUCUCCCUCGCCUUACUAUCCCUCCUCCAUCCUAUCCCCCACCCUCUCCACCCACACAAGCCUCACCCCAGGCUGUGGGAGAGCAGGAUGAUAGGGAUGGACAGAGGAGUGCUGCUCGUUCCAGCCAGUCACCCCGAGCUGGGAUGGGAAGGGGGCUAUGAAGCAGGUGUGCAUGAUGCAAUACCCAACACCUGGAGCACUGGAUUUAUAGCUUAAACUUGAGGGUUUAAUAACUCUGUCACAUCCCAGAAGUAUCAUCCCACUUGCUUACCAGACGAAAAGUAACCGCACAGUCUUGUUUGGUUUGGCUCUGUGUUCAUAUUGAGAUGACUGGUUGAGAGAAAUCUCCCUAUGGCAUUCAAAUAAGCAGUGUCUAAGGGGAGUGGAGUACUGUAUCUCUCUGUAUACAGCUUCCAAGACCAAGAUUGCAAAAGUUUGUUCGUGUGUGCAUGAGUGCUCAACACACAACCACCUCUAACUGGAGUCCAAGUGCAAAAUUACAAAUCUACACAGUAAACACAGUGUGGUACAAUUCUUAGUUAACACUGAGAGGUAACAGCUGAGGGAGUGUUUUGAUUUGCAUUAUUCCCUACAAACUGUAAAUACAUACAAAAAACUGGGUUCCUAGUUCUUGCUCUUCUCACACGUUGUGAACUUCCACAUAUCCAAACAGACAUUUACUUUUUUCAAACCAGCUCAUCCCAUUUCAUUAUUAUUUUAUUCCUUUUUAUUUAUGUAGCUAUUCCUUCUAUAGUGAGGCUGUGGAACCGUGAGCUUGCAGUCACAUAGUUGUACAGAGGUAUGUGAAAAUCUGAACUGAUGAAGCCUUUCCAUUGGCCACCGGAGAUUGAGAUUUGAUUUAUCAUAUAGUGUACUUAAUCUCAAACUGUCACUGAGCUGGGGAAAAAUGUCUAGAUGCAGGAUAUUGUAUAAAGGCUUUGCAAUAACUCACACACACACACACACACACACACACACACACACACACACACACACACUUCCUGUUCAAUUUCCAAAGUUCUCCAAAAAUCUUGCCCAGAAAGUUUUAUUUUGUCAACACAUCCAUUUGGCACUGUUAACUGGAUAGUGCUGUCUAUUUGAUCCUUUAUAUUGUGUAAAACAAGUCUUCUGAAUUUCAUUCUGCUUUUGGAUCUAUGUAAUACCAGGUUCUGUGCUUUUUUCCUCAAUAAAGUCUAGACAUCCACUAUUCUGUCCCUAUGUAAACUGUGCUCUGUUUGCAAAACUUUCAAUAAAAGUAAAAAAAUUAAGAUAAA